AUAUAAAAGAAUGUAAGACAGAUUCAAUUUUUAAACAUAAACAGAACAUUUACAUGCUCGUUAUGUAGGUACAGGUAAUCCUGAUACUCCAAAAUAUGUGUGGAAUAAUCAUAUUCAUAGAGAUACAUUGGCAUCACAUAUAGGCCAUCAUAGUAGAAUGGUAUAAAUAUAAUAGUAGAAGAUAAGGUGUAUUUUUGUACAGCAGAGAAUGAGCCAAUGUGUAGAUUGCGUUAUAAAUUUUUAACAAAGAUGAUAUAGCCAUGUGGUCCACCUCCUCCUGAUAUUGAGAAAGCAGAAUUUUGAUAUUAUAAAUC